AUACCAGACAAAUUAAUAAAAUGAAGUUUUCAGUUAAGAAAGUCUUUCGGAUGUCGUGUUGAAACAAACGAAGUUUUCACUUAAAUAAGUGCUUCUUUUUUAUCCAAACACAAACACCCCUUUUAACUGAAUUGAGUAAUAAUUAUUCAGACCAAGCGCCCGUUUAACUACUGAGAGGGCUGCCUGCCGGCAUAUAGCCAAUUUCUAACGUCUCAAGUUAGAGCUAUACAUACAAAAUGAUGGUACUGUCAUGCUCAACAGCACAUUCUUUGAUUAGAUUCGUGUUACAUUCUUCUGCUGUUACUGUAAGUUCAGCCCCAUGUAGCAGCAACAGUACCAGUUUCAGUCAAAUGACUAGUCGUCCAAUCAUUCGACAAAGAAUGUGCAAAUUUUAUGCAAUUGCGGGUAAGUCAUAUCAAAAAAUUUGUGCAGUAAGUCCACGCAGAACUUCUUCCACCCAACCAGGAAAUUGGGAAGAUCCCGAUAGCAGUGAUAGUGAAAUGGAGGAUGAGUUGGAAGGGGAAGAAAAUAAUCUGGACUUUGAAAGUGAUUGGGAGGAAGAGACCAAUGCUUUGCAGGCCUCAAAUAAUAUUGAGAAGCUCUCCACGAGCCAGAUUGAGGAAAAUCUUAUCAAAGAGGUUGAAGAACUUUUGACACCCGAAGAACUAGCAAUAUUUCAACAAAAUGACUCCCCUGAUAUAGACAAAAUAUCAACUGAGAAGUGGAACCCCUUACAUACCCUGGCCUUAGCAGGGCAGAUAAAGUUCAUGGACAACCUUCUAGAAAAUGGAUUUGAUAUUGAUGCAGUUGAUGUGGAUGGCCAGACUGCUCUUCACAAAGCAGUUAUAGGUAAAAAGGAGGCAGUCAUUAGUCAUCUUUUAAGAAAAGGUGCAAGUCCUCACGUUCAAGAUCAGGAUGGUGCCACUCCACUUCAUUAUGCAGUUCAAGUGAGUGCCAUGCAAACCGUGAAGUUGCUGAUCAAAAGCAAAGUUGAUGUGAAUGUUGCUGAUAAUGAAGGAUGGACCCCCUUGCAUAUAGCUAUGCAAAGUAGAAACAGAGACAUUGCGAAAGUUCUGCUUGUGAAUGGCGCUGACAAGACUAGAAGAAAUGAGGAUGGGAAAACGCCACUUGACCUAGCCUUAUGUUAUGGGAAAGAAUUUAAAGCGUAUGAUCUUGCCAAACUACUGAAGCUUGUACCAGCAAACAGUUAUGUCUAAUGACAGUUCACUGCUCACUUGCACCUCAAGUUUGGUAGCAGAAGCACCGUGGUCAUAUUAUUUGUGGCGACUUGAAUGGUGAAAUUUGCUGAGAGAAUAACUACUCAUGAGAUCUCCCUCGACAUGCCCAUGUAUCAAUUUGCUUCCAAGGUCGAAUGGAAAUUGAAAGGUGUGGGUUGUAGGUCAUUACUCCUUGGUAAUCUGUGUAAUGUUGCAUCGUUGUUCCAGACCCCCUCAGAUUACUUGAGAUCUGUAUGUAAUAUGUACAACUAUUUAACCAAAAAUAAUGAAAGAAUAGGACACAAAAGUGGUAUAUUUUUAGCUU